AACCCUACAGAGGAAGUGUGUGUGUGAGUGUGUGGGUUGAUACUCUUCCAUGUGAAGACAGAUAACGGUUUCGUGUUUCUGAUCUGGCUUUAAACGACUUCCGGUUUAUUUAUCCACACUUCAGGGUGUUAAAGUGGGCAGCGGAAUACCGGAGCAGCUCCUCACCGAAUAUGAGCUCCACACGGAGCGCGCGCGCUAAAACGAGUUAAGAUUAAACCCAGUGAGUUGAACCUGCUCGCGCGCUGUGAUGGAGAGAGGAAAUGGUGAUGAAAGGGAAGUGAUGACUGACAGCACAGGAAGUAGAAGUGCGUUAUGGACUUUUCGGAGUUAAGGUUAAAGUUUUGGAUAUUGUAACCUGGAUGAUGUGUGAAGCAGCUGAACCGCGCGCGCACUUUAUUUUCUCCCUUUUUCUGCUUCUUUCAUUUCCCUAUUUGAUCUCGUGCGCCACCGCCACCUUUUACAAACUUUAUAAAAAGGGUUUCUUUAAGAUUAACUUUUUUAUUGUUGUGAAAUUCUGUGGAAAAACAAUUAUGAAAUAAAGCCCUUUAUUUAAAAAUGCUCGUGAGAUGGAAGCCGAGCCGCGCGGCUCCGGUGGCCGCGCUCGCGCUCCUCAUCAUCGUCGCCUUUGUGCACUCGCGCCUGCGGAACGGAAACGUGAGCGCGCGCGUGGACAAGCCAUCUUCGUCCUCCUCCUCCUCUACCGUGACAGGCGCGCGAGGACAGCGGAGUGUCCGGCUCGAGGACGUGUUCAUCGCGGUAAAGACCACACGACACUUUCACCGAAACCGCCUCGCGCUCCUGCUGGAUACCUGGAUCUCCAAGACCAAAGAGCACAGGAAACUCAACAGAGAGGAAGUUACAGCAACAGGAAGUGGAACAAUACAUAUAUCUUCACAGAUGCCACAGAUAAGGAGAUCAAGUCUAGAGGGUUCAACAUCAUUGCCACCAGUUGUUCACCUGAACACACUCGUGAGGCUCUCUCAUGUAAGAUGGCCGCUGAGUACGAUUACUUCAUGGCUUCUGGGAAACAGUGGAUGUGCCAUGUCGAUGAUGAUAAUUACCUGAAUCCAAGUGCGCUGCUCUCUCUCCUCUCUGAAUUCUCAUUGGACAGAGACGUGUAUGUGGGUAAACCCAGUCUGGAUCGACCAAUCAAAGCCCAGGAGCUGCUGCCUAGCAACAAGACACGUGAGGUACGGUUCUGGUUCGCUACAGGAGGGGCGGGGUUCUGUCUCAACAGGAAGUUAGCGGAGAAGAUGGCUCCAUGGGCGAGCGGGUCCAGGUUAGAACACACCUCAGCUGUAAUCAGACUUCCUGAUGACUGUGUGAUCGGUUUCAUCGUAGAGAGGCGACUGGGCGUGUCCAUGAUCCACAGCGACCUAUUCCACUCUCACCUGGAGAACCUCCUGCUGCUCACACAUGCACAGAUCCUCAAACAGGUUACUCUGAGUUAUGGCCAGUUUGAGAAUAAAAUGAACAGCGUGGGACUGAAGGGAGGUUUCAGUACAGAGGAGGAUCCAUCCAGGUUUAAAACCCUGCACUGUUUCCUGUACCCGCUGACCAGCUGGUGUCCACAUGCAUGAAAACACUUAAAUUCCCAGAAUCCCCCUGGAGGAACUUUCACACACUUGCACACACCGAGGACAUGCACCAUGUGUUCCUGUGUCACCAUGUGUCCCUGUGUCGCCAUGUGUCCCUGUUUCACCAUGUCUCCCUGUGUCAUACUGUCCCUGUCACUAUGUGUCCCUGUGUCACCAUUUGUCCCUGUUUCACCUUGUCUCCCUGUGUCAUACUGUCCCUGUCACUAUGUGUCCCUGUGUCACCAAGUGUCCCUGUUUCACCAUGUCUCCGUGUCAUAAUGUCCCUGUCACCAUGUGUCACCAUGUGUCCCUGUGUCAACAUGUGCCCCUGUGUUCCUACGUGUCCCUGUUUCACAAUGUCCCUGUGUCACCAUGUGACCGUGUCCCUGUGUUCCCACGUGUCCCUGUUUCACAAUGUCCCUGUGUCACCAUGUGACCGUGUCCCUGUGUCACCAUGUGUCCCUGUUUCGCAGUGUCCCAGUCACCAUGUGACUGUGUCCCUGUGUAACUGUAUCCUUCUGUCACUGUCACCGUGUCACUAUGUCCAUGUGCCAUUGUGUCAUUACCGAGAAGAAGACGAGAGUUUUUGCAACUUUUUUUGCAGCUUUUUCUUAUGGAUCUGAACUCCCUUGUUGUCAUGUUCUCAGUCUCGGUGGAUCUGGAGCCCACAUGGAGGUUCUUCAGUAGCUUGAAACGUUCUUGAAUUGUGUCUUACCUUUUCACACUCCUGGCUGGCUCGCCAUCUGUCCCUGAUGUGUGAAGUGUUAUAAAUGAACAGCACAUUGUAAGAGGAGGUUGUUUCUUAUUCACAUACCAUAGUAUAUGUUCACGGGAUGAAGCUCUCACACUCCUCAGGAACACUGCACACCUGAACAUGGUGUAUAUCCAUGCCUGAACAUUGAUUUAAUAAGAGCUUCCAAAUGUGAGGUCAGAGGUCAGAGCAUCCCAGGCUUGUAAUCUCAACAAUGAUUCAUCCUUGAAAUCUUGCAUGUAUCUUCGGUACUGCUCUCUUCAUGUACGCUAGAAGAACAAGAAAACAUCUCAAAACAAACGGUUAUUGAUCCCGGAUUAUUCAGACGGAGUGUAAAAGUGCUCUUAGAGAUGGUCCUUGUUCCUUAUUCCUGCUUUAAUUAUACGAUCUGUUUACAUUCUAGGUCAUAUUUACAUUUAUUAUAGUCUGCUGAAGUGUUCAGUACUCAGACUCCUAACAGAAAGCACUUAAACGAGUGUGUGUGUGUGUGUGUGUUUACUACAGACAAAAUGGACACUGAAAUAACAAUAAUACCCCUCAAUUAGUUUAAACAGGAACACACACGGGUGUGUAUCCGGCAUAACGCAGUGUGUACAUUACUGCAGUCUGUGUUUUACGUUGUACAGAGACAGACACAGUGUUUUCAUAAAAUGUCAAUAAAUUAUGCAGGUUUUUUUUAAAUUGAAA